AACAAAUUGAAUCAGCGUAGCGUUGAGGCUGUUGAGCUUGGAGAAAUGGCAAAGAAGGAGGAGCCGGCGAUCGGAAUCCCGUACACAGGCAAUUACCAUGCUACACAAUUUCAUCAACAAUACUACGUGGGUCAUAACCCCCAUCAAGCCGGAGCCAUCCCUCCCAACGCCUUCGUGGGCGAUCCCAAGGGCAUUCCCAUUCAUCAGACCAUUUUCAGAGACACCCCUGCUCCUUUCAACUGCGUUUACUGCGGCAAUUCCUCCCUCACCUCCGUCCGAUCAAAACCUAGUCUGGCAGCUUUUGUUGGUUGCAUGAUGCCUAUGAUGCUUGGAGUUUGCUUUCUUUGCCCUUCAAUGGAUUGCCUCUGGCAUAAAUAUCACUAUUGCCCAGCCUGCAACCAGAUGGUUGCUGAUUUUGAGAAGUCUGAUCCUUGUUUGGUAAUGGAUCCUCCACAAUGGUCACAGCCAAGCUUUGCAUUGCCUGCGUAACGUGAUAAGUCCUUAAUCUGCAUUACACGUCUUCGUUUUUUUUUUUUCCCCCUUUCUCUUGUGGCCUGCAUGUGGUUCUUUGUAUGCAUAACGGAACUGAGUGAACCAUAUUUGUUCCAUUCUUGAACACGUAAAAGAAGAUUGUGGGAAAUUGUUAUUAAAAUGCUUAUGUAAAAUAAUAGUUUAUUUUAGAAUAAUGGAGUCUGUAUCACAUGGUUUGCUUAUGCUUUUCGGAAUUA